UGCGCUGCCCGCGGCCGAGUCCCGGGGCACUGGGCCGCCGGUGCUGCCGUUCCGCCUGCCCGGCGACUUCGGCCCCCGGAGCGGCAGGGCAGACCGACAGCUCCGGGGUCGGAGAGCUGACCAAGCGCGCGGUGACAUGGCUCAGGGGAAUAAUUACGGGCAGACCAGCAACGGGGUGGCAGACGAAUCACCCAACAUGCUGGUGUACAGAAAGAUGGAAGACGUCAUAGCACGCAUGCAGGAUGAAAAAAAUGGAAUUCCUAUUCGUACCGUCAAAAGCUUUCUUUCCAAGAUACCUAGCGUCUUCUCUGGGUCAGACAUCGUUCAAUGGUUAAUAAAGAACUUAACUAUAGAGGAUCCAGUGGAGGCACUACAUUUGGGAACAUUAAUGGCUGCCCAUGGCUACUUCUUUCCGAUCUCGGAUCACGUGCUCACACUCAAAGAUGAUGGCACCUUUUACCGGUUUCAGACACCCUAUUUUUGGCCAUCAAAUUGUUGGGAGCCGGAAAACACGGACUAUGCGGUUUAUCUCUGCAAGAGAACAAUGCAAAACAAGGCAAGGCUGGAACUAGCCGACUAUGAAGCUGAGAGCCUGGCCAGGCUGCAGAGAGCAUUUGCCCGGAAGUGGGAGUUCAUUUUUAUGCAAGCAGAAGCCCAAGCAAAAGUGGACAAGAAGAGGGACAAGAUCGAAAGGAAGAUCCUUGAUAGCCAAGAGAGAGCAUUCUGGGACGUCCAUAGACCUGUGCCUGGAUGUGUAAAUACUACUGAAGUGGACAUAAAGAAGUCAUCCAGAAUGAGAAACCCACAUAAAACACGGAAGUCUGUCUAUGGUUUACAAAACGACAUUAGAAGUCACAGCCCUACCCACACACCCACACCAGAAACUAAACCUCCAACAGAAGAUGAAUUACAACAGCAGAUUAAAUAUUGGCAAAUACAGUUAGAUAGACAUCGGUUAAAAAUGUCAAAAGUUGCUGAUAGUCUGUUAAGUUACACAGAACAGUAUUUAGAAUAUGACCCAUUUCUGGUGCCACCUGACCCUUCUAACCCGUGGCUAUCUGAUGAUACUACCUUCUGGGAACUUGAAGCAAGCAAAGAACCAAGUCAGCAGAGGGUAAAACGAUGGGGUUUUGGCAUGGAUGAAGCAUUGAAAGACCCAGUUGGGAGAGAACAGUUUCUUAAAUUCCUAGAGUCAGAAUUCAGCUCAGAGAAUUUAAGAUUCUGGCUAGCAGUGGAAGACCUGAAGAAAAGGCCUAUUAGAGAAGUCCCUUCUCGAGUUCAGGAAAUAUGGCAAGAAUUUCUGGCUCCUGGAGCCCCCAGUGCCAUUAACUUGGAUUCUAAGAGCUAUGAUAAAACCACACAGAAUGUGAAGGAGCCUGGACGGUACACAUUCGAAGAUGCUCAGGAGCACAUUUACAAAUUGAUGAAAAGUGAUUCAUACCCACGUUUUAUAAGAUCCAGUGCCUAUCAAGAGCUUCUACAGGCAAAGAAAAAGGGCAGAAACAUCCCUAUUUUCCCAUGCCAUAAAAACUGUACACCAACACUGAGGGCCAGCACUAACCUGUUAUGAAAAGAGGGGAAAUCUCUCACAUCAAAGAGGUUAACAAGCCUCGUUCAGUCUUACUAAAAGGAUCUUCUUGUAGCAUGGAAGCAGACUGGAGUCACUGCAUAUACUUUGUAGCUCUGUGUUGUUACCUGGACCAGAGGACUUUAGACCAAGACGUUGCAUGAGCAAAGGACCUGAAUUGUUCUCUCUUUGUGUACAUUAAGACAUUGCCAUUCCAAGGGACUCCACCAUCCCAAUGCCUCCAUUUCAAAAUGUUGUCUGCUUACUUUCUCCUUGUACUGAGCUGGAUCUGUGUGUUUUCCGUUUUAACAAAAGCUCGAGUGGAGUUAACCUUUCUUUUCCUCCUAAAGCUUCUGCUAGACACACAAUUCACUGAGAAUUCACUCAGUCAAAACCUGGAAGAACUGUAAAAGAAAAAAGCAUUUAUCAAUAAGUAUACACAUGGCUUCACAUUUAUUAAACAGUAAAUUAGCACAGAAAGUUUCAUUUCACCAAUGUUCACAGUCAGAAACUAGCUCUGUCUUUGUUGUCUAUACAUUCUCGGUUAAUGUUUCUUGCAUUUAUUUUUAUACCAUAUUUAAAUAAGAAACACCUUUUACUCCCAAUGUAUUAAAGUUGAUCCCUUCUCUGUAAAUUUGUGUAUGUUUAUAUUGUUGUUUUAUCUUUCAUUAAAAGAUGCAGAAUCUCA